AUGAAUGAAAUGUUGGCUCUGCUGGAUCGAAAACCGGAUGGAAUUGAGAAGCUGUUCAAGGCGCUACAGUCGGAAAAGUUUGCUAACUUUGUGAAGAAUCAAAAGUCUACAUGUCCCUCUGAUAAAUGUACGACGAAGGUCUUAGAAAAGGGGAACAGAUGCCAGGAAGAGGCCGGAGAACACUCUGUAAAGUCAACGCCGGAAGGAGAUAAAGAAGGAGAGAAGGCUGUCGAGAAUAUAGAUGAAUCCAAUAAACCUGAUCGGGAGCCGAGCUUAGAAGAAGACCAGCUUCCAUCAACCUCUUUAAAAUCACAUUUGGAUGAAGUAAAACGGGAGCUGAGGAGGUCCAAGAAGAAGAAUAAGGUCGAUAAGAUCGAAGGGAAAGACAAAACAAGCUCUGAUGUGCAAGAAAUGGGCAAGGAACAGCCAUCCACAUCUACCUCAAAAUCAAAGGAAGAAAAGCAGAAGAUCCCCGCAAAGGUGCUGGCAGAGAUGACUAAAGCACAAAUGCUGCUAUCAUUUAUGGCCGCGAAUGCGCAUGGAAAUCAGGGUGGGUUUUUAGUGUUGUGGCAAUUAGAACAAAGUACGUGGACUUACAAGUUUUUUGUUUUCACUUCCGGUUUACAAGUUCCAAUUGUUCUGUUGUUUGAUGCGUUAAUUGUAUGCUAUUACCUGUCGUAAUAAUGUGAGCGUAGUAUGGGUUUGUAUUUUCGAACAACAUUUAAUUGUUAUCAUUUGUUUGGUGUAAAUUGGAGGUAGAGUUGUGAAAUAAACUUUACGCCAUUUGCAAAAAUGCUCGAGUAUUUUUUGAGUUACUGUCUGUAUUUUACGAAAACUUUGACUUUUAUACAUCUUAUUUUGUAAAUUCGAUAGUAUUUGCCUUGCUUAUUACCUCAAGAGCCUAAUAACGGGUUAGCUGAGACAAGGUUAAUCCCCGAACCUCCUGCUAUUUGCAUAUUUGGACAUAUUGGCUUGUUUUGGCACUUGAGAGUGGAAACUUGUCGAUGGGAUUAAAUUACCGUUGAAAAAACAGAUUUUGUCGACAAAUAAGAGUCGUGAAUUUAUAGUGCCGUGAUCUGGACAAUUUCCCAUUUUUUAAAUCAUUUUUUUUUCUCGAUCGGCAACGCCCAGGACGUCACAAAAUAAGUCUCAAAUUUUGGUGUAUUUUCAUGCCUGAUUACUAGCGCUUUGCAUAACCAAUAUUUUUAAGCUAGAAGGUGGCAAAAACCUUUUUUGCGAGUCUUGUUAUAUAGGCAUAUCCUCGAUUCACUUGAACUUCUCCGUCGGUAUCGUUUUUUUUCCUCCCCAAACUCACUUAUACGUAAGGAAGUCCCAAUAAAGGUCACCCACUCACGAUGUCUAUGAUCUUCCCCCACUUUUUAUCCACUCCUUUCUCUGAUUGCGCAACUUCCCGGUGCGCGGUAAAUCUUAUGUCUCAAUCAAAGGAAGAGUGAUCUUUCGGCAUGUAUUCCAUAAAAGGCGUUAUAAUGGAGAUGCGACCUGUUAAUGAAGUGAACGCUUCCGGCGAUGAGGACGAGCCGGAUGUCGGAAUUCCCUUUCUUCAGUAAUUAAGGUCGUAUUACAGGGGUUGGUGCAGUAACUGUCCGGCCGUUUUAGCAACAGUAACCGUAUUGACUUUAGUUAGAAAGUUUUUGAUACCUUUGGCCAUUAUUAUUACAGAAAAUGGCCGGCGUUUUACUGAUGCUUUUGUAGCCGUCUAGGCAAAAAGAUUUGGUGAUCUAUCCGCAAAAGGUAGACAAUAAUCCAAUAUCCAUAUUCUUUGAUAUGGAUAUUACUUACUGUAAUACUGUCUACGUGCGUUUGAACAACAUUUCUGGAAUCCAAAUUGUAUAAAUCUUGCUCUCAAAAGAGCAAAAAAUGCCCUCAAAUGAAAUCAUGUAUACUCUUUUUUUCUUGUCUAACUUUUUGCGUCAUCUUUUUCUAUCCCCCAAAAAAUUAUCACAAGUCAACCCCCAACGCCAAUUAUCAGCUUUAACUUCUCCCUUUUUCCAGCCCCGCCAAAAACUGUCUGAUGAAAAAAGUUACAGCCAUUGUCGGUAAAAGUGUAAAAUCAGAGACAAAGAUUACAUCGGAUUAAAUUAUGUUGACGGCCUGCCUUUUCUAUGUAUCUAUGUGUGUAUAAAAUUUUGUUGUCCCAAGUCAGGGUUGAGGUUAUCUUAUUGUUAGCUUUGAUUUUGAGUGGCUGAAAAUAUUUUUACCACUGUUUUUGUAACGUUCUACAGCUUGCACAAAGCUCGAAUUUUGUCCCAGGUUUAAUGAAGUUGCUUAUUAACUCACUGCUCAAUCUUUUUGCUCUUUGCAAUUUGCACAGGUGCAAAAUAUUCGCAUUUUCUGGCGCUCGUUAUAGAUGGGAAUGCUCAAAUUUCAAAAAGUUUUCUUGCUUUGAUAUACCAUCAGGGAAAUGUCAUGGCUUUUUCCGCAAAGCGCGAGCUAUGUUUGUACACCUAUCCUAUAAAAAAUUAUCUUAAUUUUUGUCACAUUGCAUUGAAAAUCUAGCACAUCCGCUGUCAAAUUUUUUUUUAGAACUUGGUGUCUUUCGUCAAUGAUUACUUUGAUUCCCUGAAACUCAGACCUGAAAUUUUCCCAAAUUUCAACGCCAACUCAAAUACAGGUGUUAGCAAAUGUAGUUUCAUUUUAUUUACCGGUCUUCGAACCCGAAUGAACCUACAAUUGCAGAGCAAGGUUUCUUUUCUCGGGACUUCGCCAAUUCGAAUACAAUUCUUUGCGAAAAAAGCACUUUUCUGAGGUCGAUGCGAGGAUUGUAUCCGCUAUUUUGGAUCCUCUGACCAUGUGACCUGUAGUAGACAAAACUUGUACAUGCCUUUACGUAGCUUAAGGUACGAUAAACCGAGUUAUUGUAAUUGGAUGGGUACUGUUGUAAAUAUUUUCGGAAGGCCAAUCAGUGGAUCUUUUGCGGAUAAAUUUACGGAGGGAAUUCACAAAAUUCAAAAAUCUUCCUUUUGACUGUUUUACCGCAUACGAACUUUCCGAAAGGAUCAAUCGCAAUUUCCUACUACAGUACCUUCCAAAACGUUUCCCCAAUUCCUCCAUCCGCACUUUCUGCAAACCCCCAAACCAGGAAUCGCGGAUGGGAAAAGUAAUCCGUUAUUAUUCGGGUGGGGCGGAGAGAAAAAAAAACUUUUAAAAGUGUAAACGGAUAAUUUCCGCAGCAAUUUGGCACUGAUAAUUGUUGAAAAUGGGGUCGGCAAUUUGUGAUGGCAAUUACGAGUAAUAGUCGACGUAGAAAUCGACAAUGAUGCGGGUCUGCAAACGUGUGGCCUUUGACGCGUAAAAUUCAUACCCCGCAUUGCCUUUGUUGAGUUCAUACCACUAGAAUUUGGCUCUUGGUUUCUGACGAAUUGUCGUUGAACUGCGACUUUUAUUCUUCAAAGUGCGACCCUUAGAUUUUUACUGAAUCCUUCAGAAAAAUUUUAAGCAAGCCUAGGUCAAUUUCUGGAAGUCCUCGCUUGUUUUUUUACAGGGCUGCCGAGAUAUUCAAGAUUCUUUGUAGCCAAAGGAUUAGAGGGAAAUUUCUGUUCCACAAUUUAUUCUAAGGGAUGACUUAGAAGUCAUACUUUUUUCCGUGAAGUGGCAAAAAAGGUGACUUGUAGGUCACUGGAAAUCGUACAUGUGCGUACGGAUGCCGGGAAAAUACAAAAUUUUUGCAAGAAUAGGACAUGUUUUUCGGCAAUUUUGGGCUUCGAGAUACUUGUUUUGAAAUCUGAAUUCCACAAAAGUUUUGCUAAUUUUUGUACAUUGCAAAAAGCCAAGCUAUUAAAAUUUCCGUUGUUUGAACAUUCAGCUAUUAAUUUUUAAAUCCGAAUAUUCGAAUUGUUCUUUAAACUUUUUAUUUUUACCGUUCUAUUCUAACGUUCUAUGUAUAAAGAUCUAAUUUUAUUCUGAAAAAUUUGUUACCAAAUUUUCUCCCAACUACCCUUCAAAAAAUUGCGCAACACUUUCUCAGCUCUGCACAUAUAAGGCCACCUCUAAUUAUAGUGUUUAAAUAAAUCUACCGGAAUCCUAAUUAAAAGUCGCACCUCUCCCCUUUUGGUUGGGCCAUGAACUCCGAUUUAAUAAUAGAUUUAAUAGCCGAGAAAAGGGGAUUAGAAAGUGCGACCGGUCGGGAAGAAACGCUGAUGUCCGUAACAGGAUUUGCCGAUUUGUUAUUGCGCAACAGGAUUUUUUUGGGAAAACAACGCGAUUGAGUUUUGAAUUUGGACAUCGGGCUGUUUAUUGGGCGUAGAGUUUUCAUAUCUUUGGUGAUACCUUUUGAUACCAAAUUUACCUUACAGGGGAAGUACCCCAAGUGAGAUUUUGAUGAAACUUGGCAAAAAUUUAUAAAAAUUUUUUUCUAAAAAAAUAUGCGAUAAUCCUAGCUCGCGCUUUGCAGAAACAACCGAGCUUUUUAGAUCGAAAGUCGGCGAAAAUUUGACAAUUUUUUGCCGAACUUCGGCACGAAAAGUUUUGUACCUAUUUCAACCGUAAAGGACAAUGUUUCUGCAAAAAAUCAAAAUUUUCCGCAUAAAACUGCCAAAGUUAUGGCCAAAAAGCGCUUUCCUCUCUGACCGCUUUCCACGUUUAGCGUGCUCUCUCGGCGGCAAAAAUCGUUCGAUAUCUCGGCGGCGCCCGCAAAGCGCGAGCUAAAACUUUCAGGAAUCGAUAUUUAGUUUAUGCCCGACGUGUGUGCAAAAUUUAAAGAAAAUCUGAGCGUCGCACUUGGUGUACUUCCCUUGUUAAUAGUAAAAUUACACGCAAUUUUUAUCCGAAAUUUCCAAAAAUUCACACAUUUAUGUUGGAAAAACGUUUAUUAUCUGAGUUUCCUUGUUUUCAUCGUCUGCUAAAGUCGUUGAAUAUCUCAGCUGCAGUUGCAAAGCCUGAGCUAACAUCUUCAUCAAUUGAUGAAUGAGCCAUUACAAUUUAUGGUUUUUUUCCCAGCUCUUCCGCCAAGAUUGUUGAAUAUUCGUAUAUAAAAAGUGAUCUCCUGAAAUUUUCAAUUCUCAAUACAAAGUCUGUUGGGAUCCAAAUCCGGCAAUGAUGAAUUUGAAUCCAUUUUAUUUCAACAUUUUUUGUCUUUACCCUUUUAAUCCUACAUCAUUCCCCCCAAAACUCCAUCCAAUAAUACCUAUUCCCUACUGUAUCGUCCUUUUAUCACUCUCCCCUCUAGUCUCAAACUGUCCAUAAAAACUGUCAUUGCGCUAUUUUUAAUCUCCUUUUCCGAUAAAAUCUCACUGUAUCCGGUUAAUGUUCAAAAUUUUCGUUUCGUUUCCACGAAUUCAACACCAACUGACUUUCUUUGUUUUUGCGGAGCGUUCCACAUUUUGCUCUCUCCAUAUUUUCUCGUCGUUUAAUAAUAUUUUCUAACCAAAUCCACUCGAGUCUUGCACUGAUCCCUGCUUCGCGGCCACUUGAGUUUGUGAAAUGUAAACGAAUUCCCGACUUCUGGCGACGAAUUCUUUUAAGAAAUGGCUCCGAAAAUACCCGGAAAGCUCCGUGAGCUUCGAAGAAAGCAGCCUUGGGUUACCGUAAUCGAAUUUUUAAUCGAAAUUUUGAGAAGAUAAGAUUCUUUUAAGCCCUUAGAAAAAAAUCCGCAUAACUUGUGUCGUAUGCAAAUUUUGACCAUUCGGUUUUUAAUGAAGCCGGUACCUUGCUAAAAUCUAUUCGUUUGCCCUUAAAAAAGUGAUUUUUCCAAAGGCGAGAUUCGAACCCGGCCGAAACUUCAAUUGAUUUCACUGUCAUUUGACCACAGAGGUACAACUCAAAUUUCUGCCAAAAUAGUAGUUCCUACGUCAAUUCAAAUUGUAUUUUCAACAUUAUGUAUAGGAUUACAGUAACCUUCCUCCAAACUCUCCGUUUGUCGUUUAAUUUACCCCCAAACAGAUGUUCAAGGUUAAUGAAAGACAUCGAGUGGUUUCAAGUGCGUUAUGCCCAUUUUUUUCUCCGGCUGAAUUCCCUUUAUUCCACGGUCUUCGGAACCGUCUGUCAAACCACUUAUCGGCGAACGGAAGCGCGGAGAAUUAAUGGAUUUCCGUGGAUGUUUUCUGUGCAGGAUCUUUGGAGAAACGGCCGAUAUUACCGUAUUUUGGAAGGGUCGGAAAGAUUUUUUUGGCGUCUGAGGAUCCACAUACUGUAAAGAUUUAGAUAGCAGAAAAAAUUUGAUGAUGUACUUGUGUGGCGUGGUGGUAAUAAGUCAGAGAUGUUUGACGCAGGUUCGAAUCCAAGUGGAAGACAAAAAUAGUCAAAAUAGUUGAAAAAUUUGUAUUUGGUGUAGUAUUUGGUGUGCUCAUUUGUUCUGAUCAAUGUUUUUGGAGAUUUCAUGUUUAUAUUUUGCACAGAAAAAUCAGAAUUUUAAAUUUUACAAAUUUCGUAAGUAUAAAAAUCUGUCUGAAAAACCAUACCCAUAAAUCAUACAGAAAUUGAAUUAUUUUCCUCUUUUUUCGCCCAUUUCCUUAAUUUAAUAAGCCAAAAAACAGUAGCACUUCAAUGCGCGGCCUCAAGUGCGGUUGAUCUUGUGGUUGCGCAAGAAUGGGUGGGCAUGGUAAUCUAGCUGCAUUAGUGCAGGUGUCAGGGGUGCACUUACCUCUGCGCUUCCGACUCUCUUUAUAACGUCAGAAGGUUGGGAAGUUGUGCAAUCCGAUAUCAUGGGCAAAAUAUGGCAAAAAGAUAUGCGAAAAAGGUCGCAACGACUGCCCACCCUUACCAAACGAGGCUAAAUUUGUGGCACAAAAAGAAAACCGUAAGCAGAGUAAUUUCAAACUUGCUGAACACCAAUUUGACUGUAGUUUCUCCACAUAUUUACUUCCAAAACCGGUCAAAGUCGGUCCGAAAGCGCAAAAAGUUUUCCCAAUUCCUUCUCAAGUACUCCGCUUCUUACUGUAGGCACGAAAUCAGCAAUGGGAAUAAAUAAUAUUCUCUUUUCUCAUACGAUUUUUUUGUGAAUCGUCCGACAAAAAUACAGAGACAACAAACCAAAAUUCUGACUAGUUCCGGCUUGCGGCUUACUGUAACAGUUUAGGGUUUUCUUUGGGAUUUUUUUGCAAAAUGUACAAAUCUAGAGCAAAACGUGUUACAUCGUUGCAUUCUGAAUUCCAAGAAACAAAUUUUGAUAUUGCAAAAGGCCAAUUUUAUCAUGCCUCAGUUACUAAAUAAUCCAUAGAAUCAUCAAAAACUUGAAACUCAAAUUGCGCUUAUAGAGGAGAAAAGGAAUGGUUAGAAAUCAUAAGAACAUGCCCUCAGCUAAGCUCAGAACUUUUUUUUCAUCUUUCUCUUAUUCCACUUCCCGAAACCAGCUCAUUCUUUCACCUGUCUGACCCAGUCCAAUUACCCCGACAUGCCGCUACAAAACCCUCCGACUCCGGUCGGCGCAACAAACCUCUAUUAUCCACACCUUCGCAGAGGAUAAUUACCUUCAUAUUACUUUCACUUUUCUUAUAAUACGGAAAAUUUUACCACCCCAAAUAUAGAAUAUACUAAAAAUCACAUGGAUAAUGUAAUUGAAAUCUCAAAAGGCUCUCAAGUAGAGCAAACCUGAUCUGAAAACGUCUGGAAAAUGCCAGUGAAGUUCAGCGCCUUUAUUAAUAUUCUCAAACGAAGCUCAGCCUUUUCACAACGAGCGCCAUCAAUAACGAAGAAGUUCUUACGCUUUUUAAAAUUGCUUACAAAAAAGUAUGACUGUAGGUAAAUACAGAAAAUGUUUGAUGUCAUCAUCGUUUUCGAAGCCUUUCCUGAUACCUCCACCAUACUUAUUCCUAAAACGCGGUAUUUGCCGGUAUUCCCAAAGCAAACAAUUAUUCAGCCAAUCAGCGGCGCGGUCUACGUGGACGCUCCGCCCACUUUCUUUUCAUUUGCGAGCGCCGAAAAAAGGCUGCAAUGUAAACGCCCUUUCGUGGUCGUCCCACUUUUCGACGACGGGUGGAGUGGGGCUUCUGAAGCACCUACUUCUGGAUUCAAGAUGGAUCGUCAAGGUUUUCCAUGGGGCGUGAAGUGGACCGGGUCUUUGUGUGAAGUGCCUGCGGUGCUGAAUUCGCAACGGUCUUGGUGGGGCCAUUGGGACACUGUCAAGCCUUUGCUCGCUAAUUUGGGAAGCCUUUGAGGCUUUGAUUUACAAUUUCUGAACUACUUUACAAUGGUUUUCCUUGAUCUUUCUCCAUUUUCUUUCGUCUUUUGCAAUUUUGCUGAUCCGCUGACCACCGCCCACCUCAGCCAUCUCUUCGGAAACCACCCAACUGCCACCCCGACGCCUUCAGCCACUCCGCUGCGGCUUCAGCCGUCGAGUAUCAUCGUCGGUGGUUGCGCUCUUAACUGUCGAUUAUCUCUUCACCUGCCCCGCUUUCGCCCCCUUCUUGUCCCCUCAAUGUGUUUUUGAAUCACCCCUUGUCGUGGCACUUGAUCCAGAAGCCCGUGCUUCACCUGAUUGAGUGGUCCUUGUCCUCAACUGUCUUCUUCUCGGGCUCUCCCGUCUCGGCUGCUCCCGCCCCUGUUUUUGUAUAGCGGCGAUUCUCAAUUGAGAAAAACGAUGGCGGGUCCGGCGGCUACAUGUCCGAAAUUGGCCCGGCCUGGCCAGUGCCAAGCUGGAGCAGCCUGUUUUCUUGGACAUAGUCAUCUCUUCGACCAGACUACUAAACAUUUUCUUUUAUUUUCUACUUGUUUAUAAGAGUAUAACCGUAAGUUUUGUCUUGUUCAGAAGACGUAUAUUAUCAACUGGAAAAUCAAUCUUGACAGGUCUCGACUAGCACUGUAAUCGGUUUCUCUUAUGGCGUAUUCAUAGCGUUUUAUGGACUUUUAGUCAUUCCCGUUACCGUUGAUACUUGUCUACAACAUCCUCGAUGGGCUAUGAGUCCAUAACUGCAACUAAAUUGCAUCAAACCAAUGCUUACUUGCAGAUUUCUAUUCAGACGCAAAAAAAAUCCACAUCACUGUCCUGUUUACCGUUGAAGAUUUCUUAUUUAAGCCAUAAACUCCAUUUCUUUUCAUUCCAAAUGCCCUGAUAUUCCGACUAAGGUACAGUCUAUUACCGUUGGUUGCGAGUUGUUUAUUGUAUCUAUUAAUAUGCCACCUGUAAGUUUACAGUUCGGUUUGCCGGUUUUGUACAUUGUUGGUCGUAACGGGCUUAACCUCUUCUAAGAGGGUUUAGAGUUUUAAGUACAAUUGGGAAGAUUCAAGAUAUGGUAUGAGUGUUGCUACGACGGGGCUUAUUACUUGAGCGUACUUUGAUUUGGAUUGAGAGUGCAAUUGUUUAAAGCGAGCUUAUUAGUCAUUACUCGAUGAAAGUUGUAGAUAUUUUAUAUUUUUUGCGACCUUCGCUAACGCAAAAAAGGCCUUUCAAUAUUUCGACUGUCUUUGCACUUUUUGGGCCGUUUUGUUGAAAAAAUCGAUUCUUAAUCCGUUUAAUCUUGGUAUUCAAUGAUUUUGGCCUGACCCCUUAAGGGCUUACUACGAAUUUUACGUGACAUAUUCUCUCGCCUCGUCGGCGACAGUUGUUAAUUUUAAACCCUACAAAUUUACCGACAAAAGCUGUAGGUUUGAUCACAUAAAAUUCUAUUGUCCGCCGCUUGUACUGUACGUUACACCCAAAAAACAUUUCAGAUUCGUAUUUUAUGGAAAACCGCCAGUCCUUGUCUUGUGAUAUUCCGAAAAAAGCGAAAAAAUCCGAAAAUUGUAGUCGUAGGGCGCUUGCGGGGCGCGGCAAGAAGUGGCCGAACACCGGGCGUUCCGCAUGGAAUCCGGCUGUAGCCAACUGUAUUCUAAGGUAAUUAAAAACAAUAUGCGUUCGAGGGGUGAUAGCGAAGAGAAGAUGGGAAGCGAAGACUUCGAGGAAUCGCAAAAAAUAGACAUUCGAUUUGGCACGUAAAAACGGAGAACAACUGAAAUAAACUACGGUCUUUGGAGACAAAAUUACGAAAACCUGAGAAUAACAUAUCUAAAGUGCAGUAUGGAGGUGUAGGAUGAGAAAUAGAGGAAAAAUAAAAAUAGAGAUUUACUGUAAAGUUUAGGUAGUGUAUCUCUGACUAGGGAAGUGUACAAACGAACCCUCACCAAAUGGCAAGUGUUAUACACCAUUGGAAAGCCCUUGAAAAAUGGUGAAAGGUACCAUUUUCAUUUUUUGCAGAAUGCCUCAGGGCAAAAAAUUAUAAACGGUUGAUUUGUCCCUUAAGUAGUUACAAUAUCUGCUGUGGGGCAAAAUAAAUCUUAUUUCAAAACGCUAAAUGGUAAAUAUUGCUACUAGGUUGGCCUAAGAAUCAUCAUGAAGUUUGGCGCUUGCCAGUAAAACCAUUUUACAUAAGAUAUUUACUGGUUUUAAACACCCAUAAUGUGAAAAAAACACUUUUCACUUUUUUUAAUUUUGAAAAACAUGUAAGUUUGGUGGUUUUAAUCGUAAUCGAGCGUUUUCUAGAAAAAUUGAAACGUUUGUAAAAGUUUAACUCAAAUAUUAUCCGAACUGUAAGAACGCAAAAUUUUUUUGCCCAGCUGGGAGUCGAACCUGGCUUGGUUUGGGUUAUCAGCCUGCUCAGCAACCACUGCACUAUUGAAUCAAUCCUCUUCGAGGAUUUUUAUCCGCUCAAGACAAAGAAAGAUUUUUGUUGCGAAAUGACCUAAAAAUAAUGAAAUUUACAGUAUGUCGUCGCGGAAAGGCAUUCUGCAAAAAAUGAAAAUGGUACCUUUCAUCAUUUUUCAAGGGCUUUCCAAUGGUGUAUAUCACUUGCCAUUUGGUGAGGGUUCGUUUGUACACUUCCCUAGUGAGGCAUAAAAAUAUACGAGGUCUUUUGCAAUGUCACCGCAUUUCAGUAAACUUCCGUUGAUUUUUGAACUAAAAGUUUUGGAUGUUAUAUAAAGGAAAUUCCGCAAAAAAAUUGUAAUCAUUGUUUAUGGCAAGCUUCCUCAAAAAUUACGAGUGAUAUACUUCUUUUUUAAAAGGGUACUAGCUCAAUGCGUUGUGCAGAGAUUACACAAUCCCAUAUCAAAUGACCCAAGGUUCAAAACAUGCGAAAGUGUUCCUGUUUAUUUCAAAAAUUGAUUUUGUUUUUCAUUUCAUGCAUUUUUCGUGGAAAAUUGCAACAUAUUGUAAGCAACUUUAUAGUAUAUUUUCCGAAAGAUCAUUCGUAGUCCGUCUCCAAUGUUUUGAUAACAUUUCCUUCUACAUUACACAACUUCAUUCCUCAUUCCUCACGGUAAAUUUGGUUGUAGAAUUUUAUAAAAACUCUACUUUAAAAGUAAUUUUAACUAAAAUAUGAACUGAUGAGUAACUUGUUCGGGCCAAAUAUAUGUUUUUACUAGUUGUAUUUGACAUUUCCGGUCCGAGUGGGUGGGGAGUUGUUUGUAGAUGAUAAUGCAAUUUUUAGAGAUGAACACCUAAUUUGGAUAGGUUUUUUAUAAAUAGAAACUGUUUAUUUUAGAGUAAAAGGUACAGGUUUGUGGAGUUUGGUCCGGUUUGGGACUCCUUUUCUGUCAAGGUUUUAUGCAUCUUCUAGCCAAAUAUUGCAGGUAUAGAGGUAAUUUUUAGUACGACAAAACCCCUUUAAGCGCUGAUCUUGGGCUUGUUCUGAGAAAAAAAUAUUGUAAAUACUGUAUGAGAUUCAUUCUUGAGUAUAUCUUUUUUUCUACCAAUUUUAUGACCUCUAUUAUGGAGCUUAAAUUGUGAUCGAAUUAACAAAACUUGGCCCACAAUAAGAUCUGCAGAAACCAUUUGAAACUUUAAGAUCACAGAGCUUAUGAUUGCGUUUCACACGUGUUAACCGAAGUAAAAAAUAUGUCACAUCAGCAAUCUGUUGUCCUGGCCACAUGCCAACUAUCACCUUGACAGUUCAAUUUCUGCAUAACAAGUGGCCCCAAUUAAUGCUACGUCAGCUCCAUCAGAGCUGACGUCCAAGUCGAACACAACAAUAGAUAGUGCAUGCGCUGACGUUACUCCAUCCAAAUUCGUAGAUAGGCACAGCUAUUUAACCGUCGGAAGCCUUACAAACACGGUGUAUCUUCGCUUUUCCACACUAGGAAUGUAUGCACUCUGGGCGCUGAAAAUUUGUGGCAAAGAAAGCGGUUUGUACUUUCGGGGCCGCCUCAUGGGGUACGGCUUGGCAUAGCAGGGCUGGGCGCGCGCUUUAAGCCCCACCAGUUUGUAGGUGUUGCUCUAGAAGAGGUAUUCAGUCAGUUGAAAGGUUGGAUUCAAGUGCACGUUGACCGAUUAGAGGCAUGCCGUCAGAGGUGUGUAUGCAAGAUAACCGUAAGUGGAAAACUCGUUGAGCAGUCGAUGCGCAAAGCUGUAGGCUCAACAUUUGUAGCUGACUUGUCAUUUGGGUACCUAUGAUAGAAACCGGGCACCAUCGGGAUCCUAAUCUUAAAAUUGCAAUCUUUGCAAUCCGUGUUAUAAUACGAAUUAUGCCCUGAAUUCUUUUUUCCACAUUAUUUUGAAGGCAAUGACGAAAAUAGUACAUAUUUUAGUGCUGAAAAAUCCUAAGCCAAAAAAAUACUAUUGAGGUUUUCGUUGUGGGACUCAAUGUUUUUAUUUUUUGGGUCGUGGAAGAAAUCAGAGCUUUCAUGUUUUGAUGAAAUCCGGUAAAAACGAAUGUACGAAUUGUUUAAGCCUACGGGAAAAUGUAGCAUGCACUUCGCCGAAAUUAUCGAGAAAAAAGGGUUUUCGAAACUUUGAUAUUUUUGCGAUUUUAGAUUUGAAAAAUUGGAGUUCUGUGUGGUUUCAGUGUACAAUACCGCUACCAAAUAUAUACGUAGUUAUUUUUCCCCGCAGAAUCCAAAAAAACAUUGCUAAAAAACAUUUCUCUCUGACCGUGCUUCCUCUUCUUUGCACUUUCUCGUCCUCUGAAUAUCCCGGCUCUCUCGGCAAAGCGUGCGCUGAAAUUUCGAGGUAUAAUUGAGUCCUUCUUCUGUUUAGAUUGCUUAGAAUACUUUCUAGGACAAGCAAAAUUUUUGAUGACAUUUAACCAGAAACAUUCUUAUUUUGCUACAUUCUCCGUUGUAUUUUCUUUUGCUGAACUCUUCGCUUCCCCAAUUUCAAGUUUGAGAGUAAAACUCGGCUUCGAGAAACAGGGGAAGCAAAGAGAAAAUAAAGAACACCGGCUCGAGAAAUUGUGGCCAAUCAGAGCGGGAAUUUUCUUUUAUUCCGUAAUUUCCGCGGGUUUUGGAACUAAAAAAUUUAUGUUUAGUAAAAAUGAGGUUUACACUUUGUAAUCUAACAAGGGUUAAACUAGCAGUGUGAAUAUUUCAAACAGUCAAAAUUCAAAUUGAGAUUCUUUUACUUUUUCUCCCUUAUUAAAAAAAGUAAUCAAAAAUUUGUUUUGCAAAUUUUCGAAAUUUGUCCCAAUUAAAGAAUCGUAUUUUACCACAUUUCACGAACCAAAUUCCGACCUCCUUCUACCGUAUUUUAGUGCAAAUACCCGGCAAUAUUGGCAUUCGCUGCGCCGUAUUUGCACAACACGGCGCGCCGCGUGGGCGGAGCCAGCGGACGGGGUCAUGCGCGUUAAACGGGAAAUUAAAUGGCUCAAGUGAACACUUCACUCGACCAUCCCCUCUUGAUCAUCCUCCUCAUCCUGCCCCUUAAUUGACUUUUGUAAUUGGGUUUCCAGGGAUUUGGGUCAGCUCGGGUAUUAUACAAGGCAAACUUGGACUGGGCACUCUUGAGAUCAGCCGUUUUGGCGUGGAAUUCAAAUUCAUGAGAUGUCACAGAUUCUAAAUCUUUUUUGUGAACUGAUCCUUCUUUCGCCAUCAGUUUGCAUCUUGAAAUCCAUUUGAAAAAAGAUCGCACCGUGCGGAAACUUUAUUUGAGAUAUUUUGCACAACGCAAAAGGUCAUCCCAUCCAAGCGUUGCUGUAACACGGUGCAAAGUAGUUCUUCUUUGAUACUACAAAAUAUCUCACGCUUCGGAUCUCAUACUGCAUUGUGCUAUCCAUUCCAAGAAACCCGCAUUUGUGAAGAGAACUCUUCCCAUUUGUGACUGUACAGUGAUUGCGUGGUCGUUUAAUCCGGGUCGUAUUAUGUAACAGAUUGUCUAACCUUGCGGUAGAGGGUUUAGGGAAAUUUAUGGACCGAGAACUCUUGCAAAUUUUAGGAUUUUUGCCGUCUUCUUGAUUAAAUCAAUAUCCAUAACAAAAAUGGUCUGAAAAUUCAUUUUUCUUGGAUUUUAUUUAUUCUUUCGCUGUAUUUUGCUUGUUUAUUGUGGAAUACAAGUCAAAAAAGGAUGUGUAAAAUUCCCCCCAAACUAAAUUCGCAUUUUCAGCGGCGUUUCUCCAAUUUCUGGCCAAAAUGACGCAUGAAAAUGCACCGGAAGCAACGCCAAGUACGACCGAAAAUGGAGCCGGGCUUUUGGCUCCCUCGCUUAAUCAGACUUUCUCCUGGGCCACGAAUGGAGCCAGCACGACCAACAGCAGCACUGUGAACCCGUACUUGGGAUUCGGCAGCGGAUAUGCGAAUGCGACAGAUUUUGGGUGAGUUUUGUUACAGUAUACCAAACUUAAGACAAGAAAUGUGUGGCUGAGUAGAAACUCCUUAUAAAGACUGAUCACCGAAUAAGUAGGGAUAAAAUUCAAAAUUUCAGCGAUUUUUGCCAACUUCUAAAAAAUGUGUCAUGAUGACAUAACUAAAAAGUUAUAUUUUUUAAAAUGAAAGUUGUUUGCGUCUCCCAAAGCUUUCGAUUCUCGCUUUUUCCACUUGCUACAGUAGAUGCAGGCGCUACUCUUCCAUAAAAGGGCAUUGUACAAAAAUUGAAAUUUGAUUUGCGAUCUAUUUUCCGUUACAUUUCCACCGAAUCCCCUCACUGCGAAGAGAUUAUACUUUGCCGUUUUAUAGCGUACAAAACGCAGAGUUUGGACGCAAAAUCUUGUUUUCAACGCCAAAUUUCCACCAAAAGUUGCGUAAUUCUCGGUGAAAAAUCGGUUGAGGUGGCAUAUUUCAUGGGGUUAAGUGCGAUUUGCGUCUUGCGAACUCAGCAAACGAUCAAACAUUACGCAAUCUUUACAUAAAAAAUCUAACCUACAAAAUUGACGUCUACAACAAAAUUUACGAGAUUUUCGUGGUCUAAGCCUGUUUUCAUUUUCAGCUACAACUGGCAGUGGACCGGCGCUGACAAUCGCUUCAAUAACAGUGAGUUUACGGCGGGUUUUAUUUUGAGUGGCCCUCGCACUGUGCGCUGAAAAUCGAAGUCCAUUGCACUGUGCCGAGGGCAAAACCGAAGCUCAUUUUGCAUUUCUGUGAUAAGUUUAGAUCCCUUCUGCACUGUGAGAUGGAAAUUUUGAAAUUUUCUUAUCAUGCACGGUGCAAAAAACAUGAUUCUUUCUAACGUACAGUGCGAUUCUUUCCAGCGCACAGUGCAGCCACCUUUCGAAUCCCAAAUCCUCAUUUUUCCUCAUCUUUUAUUUUUUUGUUGCUUUUUGGGUUCAAAUUCGAAUCGAAAAGAAAGAGUGAAAGUUAAAUAUAAUUACCUCGAUAUAACACUUUUUGUCGUUUUGUUCGCGGUUUUCUAUUGUGUAAAUCGUUUUGCCGGCGUCGAAAAACUGAUGUAUUGUACUGGUAAAUUGUCUAAAUGGUUCGAAGGAACCAAAAAAUAACUCGACAAAACAGAGUUUUAGACAUGUAGACAAUUUUUUAUUUUCAUAGAAAAAGACAAAACUUUUUUUCGUAUAAAAUGUCACCCGUUCAGAAGUGUUGAUAAUGUAAGGUAACUCUUUGUUGUAAUAUAAAAAAAAAAUUUUUUGAAUUUUACGCAAGUUGAACCUUUGCCUUCCAAAAAUCCCGGCCAAUAAUUGGUCCAGGCCCUCAACUAUUCAUUUUGGCGCCCUUCCGCCGCGAAACACCAUUGUUUUGGUUGCCGAAAAAUUUUUCCAUCCAUUACACGGCACUUGAGAAUCCCCACUUGAACUUAAAGUUUUUACUGCGACUCAAGGAGCUGAGCAUGGUUACAAUAAUAAUAACGAACGUAAAUGAAUUCGUUAUUAUUACUGUUAACCCUUAAAAUUUUGUGAAUUUUUUGAGUCUUUAAGUUGGUUUGGGGAUCUUAUGGAAGGCAAAUUAUAAUAUCAUUUUAAUCCAAAAAAAGUAUGAGAAGAUAGGCCUUCUGCAACUUUUUAAAAAAUUUUACCAGCUUUUAAAGCACAAUCCUUAUCAAUAUUUCCUUUAUUUUUUUAUAAUUUGCCUUUAAAAAUGUCACAGUUUCUAUCGUAUUACAUACAUUAGUGCACGAUGCAUGCUACAGUAUAAUUCAUGACAAAAACAGCAUAAAAAGUAGAACGAAACGCUAUACCGUCGUUUUUUCAGCGUACUGUAUAGUAGUAUUUCAACAUAAAUUGUAGUGAACAAAUUGGAAAAAAAUCUAUUCCCAAAGAAAAAGAGAACUGUACAAUACCCUGUUGUAAGAAAAGAAAGGGUCUAUCAUUGUAAGUAUGUCAAACAUUCAGUGUAACCCAAUAUUUAUUAUUAUUCUAGAGGUCAUUUUGACGUAGCAUUUUACUUUUUGAUUUUUCCGACAUCAAAGAGAUAUUUUGGGGGCUUGGGAUUCAAAAAGAUUUCCCAAACUUCAUGAUUCAAUUUUCCCCCCGAACAGCGCCGUCCUUUUUAAAUUCGGUUUUAAACUUUUUGACGUUGUGUGAGGUCGAGUGGCUGCACCGGGAAAUACGGUACAGAAAGGACUUUUAAUGUUCUAGCUAGGCGUUUUAUAAUGUUACCAUUAUGAUGACAGUAAGCUCAGAAAAUUGUGAUCUGUUUUAAUCUAGUUAAUAAACUUUGCCUGAGGGGCCGCAAACUCAAAAAAAGUUGCAGAAUUAGUCUUUCAUUUAGCGAUUUCUUUCCCACAACCACAGCUACAAAGAAGACUUGGUCACCGAAGACAGCAUUCUUAGUUUUUCUUUAUAAAAAAUAAUAAAAAAAAUAUCUCUGUACGUCUUCUUACAUUUUUUUCUCAUCACACAUCAGACAUUUUUUCUUUUUCACCUUAAUUCUAAUGUCUUACAACCCUAAAAUUCCUCUAAUCCCCUCAGAAUUUAGUUUUUUUACGUUCCGUACGUUUUCAGUAAACCGUUUCGGCGCCAAUUCCAUGGGCCUGAAUGCGAUGGAGUCGGCCGCCACCCCGUACAGCCUCACCAAUUUCGCGAACAUCGGAGCCAAUGGCCAGCGGCGGAAGCGGCGCGUGCUCUUCAGCCAGCCCCAAGUCCAGGAGUUGGAGAAGCAUUUCUCGCAGAAAAAGUAUUUGAACGCGCAGGAAAGGGAGCAAUUGGCCGCGAGGAUCGGGUUGAAGCCGACUCAAGUAAGUGGAAAAUAUUGUUUUGUUCAUAAGGGUAAUGGAGAAGAUGUUUAAUGAGUAAUAGAACGAGCUGAGCGGUUAGUAAGUCAAGAGGGGACUUUAAGAAAAAAUAAACAAAAUGGGAAUGUCAUCCACUCAAAUUAUAAUUUCAGGUGAAAAUCUGGUUCCAAAACCACCGCUACAAGUGUAAGCGUCAAGAACGAGAGAACAGAAUGUUCAACGGAAGCUCCUGCCACGACGAAUCCCGAUCUCCACACUCCUCCAACAACGGAUCACCAUCUCCGGACGCGCUUUCGGCGUCGCCCUCAACUCAAAUCAAAGCGGAAGUGAUGGGAAUCAAAGCGGAGGACCAAAAAGUCAUGGAUGCGGACAUGGCGGCGUUGGGAAUGACUGGCACUGGCGAGUUCAUGGCAAGGAAUCCCGGUCUUUAUAACGUAAGUAGGGUUUUCCGACCAUUCCGAACUAUUUUUAAUUUUGUUUUUGCACUUUUCUGCAAUUCUUCCAUUUGUAGCGACAUAAAUCUUGAGAUUUUUAAUAUUGUGAAAGGACCGCUGUUUACGCCGCUUUUGUAGCGAAAUUUAAAACAAAAUACAUUACUGAAGCACUUGGUACUCUUACUUUUGAAGAGAUCAAAUUCGAAGAUGCUUUUUUUGGAUUGAAAAAGCGUUUUUUGAAAUCUUCGCGAUAUUUUUUGAAGCCAUGAAAACAAGACCAGGGGCCUGUUUCACGAACGCAAAAACUCAUAUUUCUAAAGAAAAUAGAAAUAUGAGUGAGCGAAGGAACAAAGGAAAUGCAUGCGAAACGGGAGAGACGGCAGAAAAAUGAGGAUUUCGCCACUUCUCAAUCGGAGUGACUUUUUACGUCCAAAAUCAGGGUUGGCGGCAGUGUUUCGGGCAUAACUUUCCCCUCCAUGGGCGUAGAAUCACCCUUCAAAAUUUCGAAUAAUGCUAACUGUUUGGACUGUCAUGUGUGCAAGUUUCGUUGCAUUGCUGCAAAAACUCGCUCGAAAAUAGCAGUAGUAAUGCGCAUAUUUCUAUUUUCUAUAAAAUUUUUGCAAUUCUAGCUUAAUUCCCUCAUAACAUCGCCCAAAAUUGUCGGAUCGACACCAUUUAAAAAAAAUCAUGUUAACCUGAGUCCGCGGUUUACAGUAAUGUAAUUUUUUAGGAUGUUUGGCGAUCUACGGCACGAACAAAUUUAUAGUAGUGCAGCAGUUUGCAACAUUUUUCCAUUUUUUUCAGAAUAAAAAUAGGUUUUUGUUCCAAAUAAUAAAAUAUUAGCAUAAAAUUUUAUAUAAUUGUAAAGAAAAUUGUCUUGGCUGCCUUAUUUUUUUAGAGGGGCGUCUAUAUCUCAACAACUGAUGAAGUUAUGGGUGAUUUAGUCUAGCCGCCUCCCAUUUUUUACCGUAAAACCUCUCUCUUCUUUUGAUUUGAGGGUUCUUUCGAAAGAUUUUUUGUGAUCAAAAUCGAGGGACUGUCGAAGUAAAUCAGUCAUUACUCAGCCGAAAAAUGACUUACAGUUGGCCCUCUUAAAAUAUUUUGUAGAGAAUUAAAUUGUCUAUCGACUGACAUAAAUUAGAUUUUUUUACUGCUUCAAUUAACGCGAAAAAAGGCCUUUUAGUUUUAUAAAGUAGAAGAAUUCAACACCACAACGCCCAUGGUAACUUUGUCAUUGGCGAUAGAGCAAAAAUUUUUAUAGAUCUAUAUAGCCCGAAGUCUCAGCAUUAUUUGAAUUUUUGGAGGGUGCUUGUAGGCCCAAGUAGAGGAAAGUUAUGGCCCAAAUACUACCGCCAACCCGUAAUUUUGGACGUAAAAAGUCACUCCGAUUGAGAAUUGGCGCAAUCCUCAUUUUCCUGCCGUCUCUCCCGUUUCGCAUGCAUUUCCUUUGUUCCCUCGCUCACUCAUAUUUCUAUUUUCUUUAUUUCGCGUUCGUGAAACAUGCCCCAGAAUUCUUCCAAUUACGAAAAAGAACCCUAAGAUGGCCAUAAAUCAAUUCCUGGAAAAAAAUUUCCAAUUCAUCUGGGUUAUUCAGCCAACCCUGCAGCGGAGAGACAGAGAACGCAAUUGGAUGACAAAAAAAUUUUUUUAGGGCUUUGAACUCGUUGAAAAAAGUCAUCGUUUAGUAGAAUUACUGUACUUUACAGUAUAGUCCAACCUUUCGCAACGAAAUUCACAAAAAAGGAGUUGAAGUUUAUAGAAAAAAUAGAAAUUUGUACCUAAUGAAAGUUUAAUUUUCUUCAUUGCUAAUCAACGCUAUUUCAGUACCCGGGCGCCGGUGUCUAUGCGAAUCCGAUGACCAAUUUGUUCCUCCAACCGCAGAACUACACCAACUACAACCCCAACUUUUAUCCGCGGGAGCGGCAAUUUUAA